AUGCAAGCUCGUGACAUGUCGCAGCGCCGCCGCGGCGCGGCCGCUGCGCUGCUGGCGCUGGUGGUGCUACUGGGGUCGACGUCGCCACCCAACGCAGCGGCUCAACCUAGCAGCUGGUCGCCCCUCGUGGCGCGCGUCAACAAGGACGCCUCCACCUCCCUCUACACCACCGCCAUCAAGGACGGAGGGGUGCCGCUCCUCCUCCUCGACCUCGCCGGCCCAAUGAUCUGGAUCGCCAACUGCCCCUGUAGGCACCGGGCCAUCGAGUGCAGCUCUAACGACUGCCUUGGCAUCAGCAAUAUGUUCGCCCCGGAUAUCUGCGCUGGUGCAGAAUGGCCGGUGCAGGUGCAGGGGCGGUGCAUCUGCACCGCCAUGCCGUACAACCCGGUCGACGGGCGCUGCGUCGCCGCCCAAGCCACCACCAUCUCGGUCGCCGCGAACGCCACUGACGGCAGGAACCCACUCUUCCCGGUCUCCUUCCCCGUCGUCGGCUCGUGCGCGCCGGGGGAGUUGUUGGCAUCGCUCCCGGCGGGCGUGGCCGGCGUCGCGGGGCUCGCGAGGCUGCCUAACUCUCUGCCGUUGCAGGUCGCCAACUGGUUCCGCCUGAAGCAAGAGUUCGCGCUGUGCCUGCCCAGGGGCGGGGACGGCGUGGCCAUCUUCGGCGGCGGCCCGUUCCAGAUCCUGGCCGCGCCAACGGUGGAGGAGCUCGCCGACAAUCUCCGCAAGAACCCUCUCCCGUUCCUCUUUAACCCCAAAAACCGCAUUGUGAUGCCUAAUUUUGAUGCACAUUGUGCUUGCUGAAUUUUGAUGCCUAAUUCUCACGCGCUGCACAAAAUGGGUUGGCAAAUUGAUGUGAACAUUGCACAAGUUCAAAUUGCA